AACGGGAGAAGCGGGCCCAAGAAGGGCGUGGAAUGGCCACAGGGGUCUCGACGCUUCAGAGGCGACGCGAGAUGGCGGCAACGACGGCGACCUCAGGAGCUGGUCGCUGUCGGCUAAGCAAGAUAGGAGCUAGUCGUCGCCCACCUCCAGCUCGCGUAAGGGUGGCUGUGCGACUGCGGCCAUUUGUGGAUAGAACAGCUGGAACAAGCGAUCCCCCCUGUGUGCGGGGCAUAGACAGCUGCUCUCUAGAGAUUGCUAACUGGAGGAACCACCAGGAGACUCUCAAAUACCAGUUUGAUGCCUUCUAUGGGGAGAGGAGUACUCAGCAGGACAUCUAUACAGGUUCAGUGCAGCCCAUCCUAAGGCACUUGCUAGAAGGGCAGAAUGCCAGUGUGCUUGCCUAUGGACCCACAGGAGCUGGAAAGACACACACAAUGCUGGGCAGCCCAGAGCAACCUGGGGUGAUCCCACGGGCUCUCAUGGACCUCCUGCAGCUCACAAGGGAGGAGGGCACCGAGGGCCGGCCAUGGGCCCUCUCUGUCACUAUGUCCUACUUAGAGAUCUACCAGGAGAAGGUAUUAGACCUCCUGGACCCUGCAUCAGGAGACCUGGUGAUACGAGAAGACUGCCGGGGGAACAUCCUGAUUCCGGGCCUCACGCAGAAGCCCAUCACUAGCUUUGCUGAUUUUGAGCGGCACUUCCUGCCAGCCAGUCGAAACCGGACUGUAGGUGCCACCCGGCUCAACCAGCGCUCCUCCCGCAGUCAUGCUGUGCUCCUGGUCAAGGUGGACCAGCGGGAACGUUUGGCCCCAUUUCGCCAGCGAGAGGGAAAACUCUACCUGAUUGACUUGGCUGGGUCAGAGGAUAACCGUCGCACAGGCAACAGGGGCCUUCGGCUAAAAGAGAGCGGAGCCAUCAACACCUCCCUGUUUGUCCUGGGCAAGGUGGUGGAUGCGCUGAAUCAGGGCCUUCCUCGUGUACCUUACCGAGAUAGCAAGCUCACUCGCCUACUGCAGGACUCUCUGGGUGGCUCAGCUCACAGCAUCCUUAUUGCCAACAUUGCCCCUGAGAGACGCUUCUACCUAGACACAGUCUCCGCGCUCAACUUCGCUGCCAGGUCUAAGGAGGUGAUCAACCGGCCUUUUACCAAUGAAAGCCUGCAGUCUCCCGUCUUGGCACCUGUGAAGCUGUCUCAGAAAGAAUUGCUUGGUCCACCAGAGGCAAAGAGAGCCCGAGGCCCUGAGGAAGAGGAGAUUGGGAGCCCUGAGCCCAUGGCAGCUCCAGCCUCUGCCUCACAGAAACUCAGCCCCCUACAGAAGCUAAGCAGCAUGGACCCGGCCAUGCUGGAGCGCCUCCUGAGCUUGGACCGUCUGCUGGCCUCCCAAGGGAGCCUGGGGGCCCCUCUGUUGAGCACCCCAAAGCGAGAGCGGAUGGUGCUUAUGAAGACAGUGGAAGAGAGGGACUUGGAGAUUGAGAGGCUUAAGAUGAAGCAAAAAGAACUGGAGGCCAAGGUGUUGGCCCAAAAGGCUGAAGACUCAAAGGAAAAGGAGAACCAUUAUCCCACAAUGCUCCGGCCCCUUUCGCAUCGCACAGUCACUGUGGCAAAGCCCCUGAAAAGGGCUGUGGUGAUGCCCCUACAGCUAAUUCAGGCGCAAGCAGCGUCCCCAAAUGUCGAGAUCCAUAUCCUGAAGAAUAAAGGCCGGAAGAGAAAGCUGGAGUCCCUGGAUGCCUCAGAGCCUGAGGAGAAGGCAGAGGACUGCUGGGAGUUACAGAUCAGCCCGGAGCUUUUGGCUCAUGGGCGCAAAAAAAUACUGGAUCUGCUGAAUGAAGGCUCAGCACGGGACCUCCGCAGUCUUCAGCGCAUUGGCCCGAAGAAGGCCCAGCUCAUCGUGGGCUGGCGGGAGCUCCACGGCCCCUUCAGCCAGGUGGAGGACCUAGAACGCGUGGAGGGCAUAACAGGGAAACUGAUGGAGUCCUUCCUGAAGGCGAACAUCCUGGGUCUUGCCGCCUGCCAGCGCUGUGACCCGUCUUGACCGCCGUUUCCUCACUCCGCCUCUUUAAAUCCUUGUAUAACCCCGUGUUGUGUAAAUACAGUUUUUGCUCCGGUG